AUGGCGGUCUGGGUGUACAAAUACUUCGCCAAGUCGGUCGAAAAACGAUCACCGGACCGGCAAACUAGCUUGCCACUGGCAUGGACCGUAUCGGAUUGCCCGAAAGAUGGGGCCGAACACAUGGUGACGGUCAAUGUAGACUGGCUCAAACCCUUUCGCAGCUAUUACUCUCGUCCGUUCAACGACGAUAUUCCGGAGGACGACUCCCCGAUCGACGAGCUUACGGCCGAUUGA